CGCCCCCGCGUUGGGAAACGGCUCUGAGCAGCCCGACAGCGCAGGAGGUUUAGGUAGGUACUGCCCUGGGAAGUAGAGUCCGCUGUAGUCAACGCGGAACAACGCCAUUUCAGCAUUUAACUACGUUGGUCAAGGGACUGCGCACCUACUCUCAGCAUGGCGGUGGAUAUCUACGACUCUCAGUACCUUCUCAUCCUGGCCCCAUCCCUCGUCAUCGCCCUCAUGUUCCUCUUCUUCUGGCUCUUCAUGAAGGAGACCUCCUAUGAUGAAGUGCUCGCCAAGCAGAAGCGAGACCUCAAGCUGCCCCUGUUCAGGGCUGACGUCCGCAAGAAGGGGGACAAGAAGAAGAGCAAAAAGAAGGAGAACGCCGGAGGCGGAGGUGGCGGUGUCGCCGGAGGAGGAGGGGAGUCGGAGGAGGAUCAGAGGGACUUUGACCUGACUGACGCCGCCAGCAGCUCCUCUCCUGAGCUGGAGGAUGAGCCCGAGCAAGCAAUCCUACCCGCCGCUGCUCCCGUGUUUGUGGCCACGCCGGUGGAGGCCCCAGCUGGUUUGAGAGAGAGGAAGAAGAAGGAGAAGAAAGCAGCCAAAGCAGUCGCAGCCGCCGCAGCAGCAGCAGCAGCCGCCGCAGCAGCCGCCGCAGCAGCUCCUCCUACUCCCACUCCCACUCCUACUGAGGAACCAGCGAUGAACGGCUCCCGGCCCGCUAGCCGUAAGUCAGAGGCGCCUCUGUCGGUGAGCAAGCGGCCCGGCUCGGCCUCUCCCAAGCCUGACGUCCAGGCCCCGGUCGUGGCCCAGGUCCUGGCCCAGGUGCAGACACCUCCUCUGACCUCUGGGAAGAAGAAGGACAAGAAGAAGCAGAAAGUUGAAGCAGUUGAGGACCAGCAGCAGGAGAUUAAAGUCGAGCAGGUCGCAGCUCCGACUCCAGUCAAGAAAGAGGUUCACCUGAUGUCAGAGACCAGCUUGCCUCCUGCCACCACCGGCGGCAAGAAGAAGAACUCUGCCAAGAAGCAGAAGGCUGAGUCUGUGGACGAGCCCCACGUGCUGGUCGAGUCCGCCGCUCCAGCAAACCACCAGGUGGCUCCCAACGACAACAGCGCUCCCUCCAAGGGGAGUGGCAAGAAGCAGAAGAACGAAACAGACAAAGUGGAGAACGCGGAGAUGAAGCUGAAGGAGCUUAUUGGUGGCCUGUCAAGCAUGGCUCUGACUGAGGCCGAGGUCGUGAGCGUGAUGGCCCUCCUCUGUGACAAGAGCCCCCACGCGCUUGAAACCUGGCACAAGUCUGCUGCGAAGGCUGACCCAGAAGCCCAGGAGAGGGAGAGACUCUUCAUCACCCUGAUGGAGGAGGCCUCCAUUGCCAAGGACAAAGUGAAGCAGCUCAGCCAGGAGCUGCAGGUGGAGAAGUUGAAGACCGGCCGGGCGGAGUCUAUGCUGAGGGAGCAGCACGCGGUCAUGCAGAAGGAGCUGGGAGGUAUGCAGGCUAAAACCCAGAGCGGCUACCAGGAGCUUCAGGCCAUGCAGAUUAAAAUGAGGGAGCAGCUGGAGGGCCAGAUCAGUCGUCUCAAGCAGGAGAACAGCAUCCUGAGGGACGCCGUCAGCUCCGCUGCCAACCAGAUGGAGAGCAAGAACUCUGCCGAGCUGAACAAGCUGCGCUCCGAGUACUCGGGGCUGAUGAAGGAGCUGACGGAGACCAACGGCAAGCUGCAGCAGGAGGAGCACCAGAGGAAGGGGCUGGAGGUCGGCUACAAGCAGAACGUGUCCCAGCUGGAGGCUCAGCUGCAGGACACCAAGAGACACUGGGAAGAGCUCCAGAACUACCACUACAAAGUCAACGCUGAGCGGGAGAAACUCCAAGCAGCCAAACAAGAGCUGCAGAACCAGCUGCUCUCUGUGGAGACUGAGAUGAACAGCAAGAACAACGAGAUCCAGAACCUCCACGGCAGCCUGCAGGAGGCCAUCGUGUCCAAAGACCGCGUGGAGCAGAGGGUGCGCCAGCUGCUGGAGGUCACCCAGCACAGCAUGCCUGAUGAGACCCUGCAGGCCCAGGUCCAGGAACUCCUGAACGAGAACAAAGGUCUUCAGGUGCAGAUUGAGUCCCAACAACACCAGAACGAGAACCUUCAGGCCCAGAUGUCUUCCCAGGCAACCCACAUCUCCCACUUUGAGGAGCUGCAGAAGCUGCUGGCAGAGAAGGAGCUGCAGAGGAAGAGCCUAGAAGACUCUCUGAACGCGGAGCGGAGCAGUGGGGCCGUCCGAGAGACCAACAUGCAGGCCAUUCACAAUGAGAGCAUGGGCCUGAUAGCAGAGCUUCUGAAACUGAAGACUCAGAUUUCUGAACAGAAUGACUCUCGGCUAGCACUGGACCAGAUCCAGAUGAGCGUUCAGGAACGGGAAGAUAACAUCAAGACGGUGGAGGACCUGCUGAAGACCGGCCUCAUCGAGGUGGCCAACAAGGAGGAGGAGCUCCAGGCCGUGAGGGAGGAGAACCAGGCCCUGAAGAGGGACGUGGAGGCCCUGAGGCAGCAGGCCUCGGAGCAGAUUACAUCGGAGACAACGGUUGAGGAACUGAAAUCCCAGCUUCAGCAGAAGGACGGGGAGCUCCUCUCCAUGGACGAACGUCUACAGGCGUCGCUGGGCUGCAGCUCAGCCACCGAGCAGACCGUCGCGGUGCUGGAGCGGGAGAUCGAAUGCCUGCAGGCGGAGACGGUGCAGAGCAGUGCAGAUGCCGGUGCCCAGGUGCUAGACCUCCAGGCCAAGCUGUGCUCGAAGGACGAGGAGCUCCACGCUCUGCAGGGUGAGCUGGAGGCCCGGACCAGGGAGGUGAGCCAGCAGGUGGAGCAGCUGCAGCAGCAGCAGUCCCAAAGUGUGACACCAAGCCCAGAACUCCUUGCAGCGUUGUCUGAGAAGGACAGGCAGGUGUCUGACCUGCAGGUCGAGCUGUCUGAGCUCAGAGACUCUGUGGAGCUUCACAGGAAGAAAAACAACGAGCUACGGGAGAAAAACUGGAGUGUAAUGGAGGCUCUGUCAGCCACCGAGGCCCUGCUUCAGGGGAAGCUCAGCAAGGCAGUCAAGGAGAGCCAGACAGCGCUGGACUCCACCCAGGCUGAGUGUCGCGACGCGCUGCACAGACUGCUGCCCCACGUGGCCCUGCCCAGCGGACAGAACCACGGGGAGUGGCUGAACAGGUUCGAGCAGGCCGCUGCUGAGAGCUCCGCUGCCCAGUCCAAUUGUGCCCCUGCAUCAGGGGAGCUAGAGGGGCUGCAGGAGAAGCUGAAGGAGACAGAAGAAGCCCAGAAGGUUAUGCAGAAGGACUGCGAGACGUACAAGAAGGUGUUGGCCGAGACGGAGGGCAUCCUGCAGAGGCUGCAGAGCAGCGUGGAGAGCGAAGAGUCUCGCUGGAAGUUGAAACUGGAAGUGUCUCAGGGAGAGCUCGGAGAGAUGAAUGUGAAAGUCGCGGCGUUAGAGCAGGAGAUCGAGAGACUAAGUGACGGCGCCGAGUUGGAAAAUUUGAGACGAGAGAAGCAGCAGUUGGAAGCCGAGCUGGACAGGGCAGAGCGAGAGAGCGCUACCUAUGUCACGGAGGUCAAAGAGCUCAAAGAUCUCUUGACUGAGCUGCAGAGCAAACUGGACGGCUCAUACACUGAGGCCGUCCGGCAGAACGAGCAGCUGAUCGUGCUGAAGACCCAGCUGACUCGGACAGUGUCCAAACUGCAGACGGAGGAGAGCGAACGACAGAAAGUGGCUGGUGACCUUUACAAGGCCCAGCAGUCUCUGGACCUGAUCCAGGAAGAGCUUUCCAAGGAGACGGGCAACGCAGACCUCAUAGAGAACAGUAUGUCUCAGACGGAGGAGAUUGACAGGAAGGUGAAGAUGACUGCAGGGCUGAACCAAACCGUGAGGGAGCUGCAGCAGCUCAUACAAGACGUCAACCGGCAACUAACCAAGGGACAGGAUGCGGAGGCUGACAAAGACUUGCCUGAAGUAUAGGCAGCGGAGGCUGCCCUCCCCCACCCCCCUCCCCUUCCUCCAGCAGCCAGCCUGACCUCACUACAGAGAGACCACUCUAGUCCUCUACCCCCCCCACACACCCUGUCCAACACCACCACAAACACAACCCCGUCACCACCACCACAAACACAGCCCCGUCACCACCACCCUUCCACCCUCACCUCUGCACACCGGCGCUGCAGGUGGACUCUGACCCAGUGUCCCGGGCUCACCGGACCAUAUGUCACCCAGAUCACUCGACGCCAGUGAACCCUGUGGCUCGUGUUUACCAUCCGUAUAAGCGCCGUAACACACCUUUCUGCCACUGCGCUCUCUCACUACAUUCCUCUACUCCAGUGCCCCCCCCCCCUUUGUCCCCGACACCGGGCCUCCUUUAAUCUGUGUGGAAACCCCCUCUAUGUUUAGAACACAGUUAUCACAACAAAAACCUUUUUGUGAACAGGAGAACCUUAUCGAACAAACGUUGAGUUCUCAAGUCCUUACCUUCUGGGUUUAAUAAUGUGUUUAAGUGUUUUACCAGUUAGGACCCCCUGAACCUAAGUCUUUCGCCGUUGUUUGUCUCCCGUCCGAACCCCUAUCGUCCCAGCAUCGUCGUUCAUCCAGGACCCCUUCAUCUGGUGCUGGGUGGAGGUGGGAGGCUGGGGUGGGGGUGAUCAGGAGGGAUCAAGGCGGCACGUUCAGAGCGUCACUCCCAGCGCUAAACGGGGGAGACGCGUGGAUGAGUGUGUGUCUGUGCGUGUGCGUGUGUGUACUGUUCAGUGUACCGCAGCUCCAAAGAAAUGGGGGGAUCCGCGCCCCAGUCUGGGCGGAGAGUGUUGGUCGAUUUGUAAUCCUACUGUAACGACUCUAGGAAUAGGCGUCCCAUAUCGUCUGUAACCACCACUCGCUAUAUACUGUCGCUAAAUUCAUUAACACUGAAUAUUUUCUUCUUUUUGUAACAGGUGACAGUUAAUAAAAGGGAUGCUUGGUAAAUCUG